AUCGGGCAAUCGAUUCGGCCAUGUCUGGAGACGUGUUCUUGAAGCAUUUGUCCCUGAGGGUUUUCCUAGCAGCGUGACCCCUGACUAUGUCCCUUUCCAAGCUUGGGAUUCACUGCAGGGCCUUUCGACAUACAUAGGACCAUGCUUUCCACUCAGGCUCUUCUGAGUGCCAUCGGAGUCGGUGAAAAAUCAGCGACGGUUCUAGGCGCGACAUUCCAGUGGUUUCUGAGGGAUCUAACCGGCAUGGUCGGAGGCAUUUUAUUCACAUUCUACCAGGGUUCAAAUUUGGAUAGCAAUGCCAAAAUGUGGCGCUUGGUUGCUGACUUCAUGAAUGAUCUUGGGAUGUUGAUGGAUCUUGUCUCCCCAUUGUAUCCUUCAGCAUUCGUUUUAGUCGUUUGCUUAGGAAGCCUUUCAAGAUCUUUCACUGGUGUUGCUAGUGGAGCAACUAGAGCUGCUUUGACUCAACAUUUUGCCCUUCAGAAUAAUGCAGCGGAUAUAUCUGCAAAGGAGGGAAGUCAGGAGACUCUUGCUACAAUGAUUGGCAUGGCAUUGGGGAUGCUUCUUGCACGCGUGACAAUUGGUCAUCCUCUAUUUAUAUGGUUUUCUUUUCUCUCGCUUACCAUUUUCCACAUGUAUGCAAAUUACAAGGCUGUUCAGUGCCUUGCACUGACUUCAUUAAAUGUUGAAAGGAGUUCAAUCGUUUUGAAGCAUUUUAUGGAAACUGGACAAGUCCUCUCCCCAGCACAGGUUUCCAAACUGGAGCAUAUUUUGCCUACCAGGAUAUCUUCAUGGGGCUCGAAGAAAGUGAAGUCGUUGCAUACACGAAUAAAACUGGGUGUGAGAGUCUCUUCUCUUAAGCAGCAGGAGAUGAUGAUCCUUCUGCGGACAGCAGAAUCUCAUCAUUGCAAAGGGAAGUACUUGAUAGUUGAAAGGAACAAAGACAUAAGCAUUGUCAUGCAUAAAAAUGCAACAGCUGCUGAUGUCUUGCAGUCAUUUAUUCAUGCACUUGUGGAGGCAUACCAACUAAAAGAUGAUUCUGCGCAUUCAGAAAGCCAGACAUGGAUGGAUAAAAAUUAUGAAGUAUUUCUUCUGAAGUUGAAGUCAUUGGGAUGGAAAACAGAACGCCUUUUAACGCCAUCAAUUAUUUGGAGGGCUGACUGGAUUUUACAGUUCUCUCGAUAAAAAAACUAGCUAGGUUCUUUCAUCCAUCAGCUAUUGGAGCAAACAAUGAAAGGGAGAAAUGGGUUUAAUGCUUAUUGGGCACCAGCAUGCUCUCGUUCAGGGCCACAGAA